UAUAUAUUCCGAGAUAUGCUUGCAUAUACUGGCAUAUACAUACGUAAGUUGUGCUAAAGAGUAUAUCGCCGCGCAGCAAUAACUUCGGGGGGUGUCGAACCUCCCAACACUCCUCUUACGGCCCUGCUUGACACAGCCGACUUGUGAUAACUGAGCGUUCAACCCUGUUGUUCGUCCAUUGCAGCAACAUGCAGCGACGAGGCGUGCUAAGACCGGACUACGCCGAGAUAAGCGAAUUGAAGGACGACUUUGAGUUCGCCAGAAAGAAGGACGUCGAACAGCAAGACAAACAGUGCGCCUCUUGCGCCACGAAAUUAACACCGGUAUGGAGGGACGCCAAGGACGGCACACCGUUGUGCAAUGCGUGCGGAAUCAGGUACAACAAGUACAAAGUGCGCUGUACCCGCUGCUGGCACAUUCCUAAGAAGAACGACCACACCCGGAUGACCUGCAAAGAGUGUGGGGGCAAGCUGCGCUUCGUCCUGCAAAAGUAGUGCGCCG